AAUUUGCAUAUGGGGAGGCGCUAUUUCUGUCUCCUUUAAUCUCUAAGCGCUGUUGUCUAUGCGGUUGUACCGUGUCUGCACCGUGACACUGUGAAGCCGGGAGGAUUCGUUCGGGUUUAGUUGCGCGGGGUUAUUUGUUAGUAACAGUAAAACGCAAGGCAUGCGCUACAAAGUGAGUCUGGUUUGGUUUUAAGUUUCCACUGAAGGAACAAUAAUUUUUAUUCGCUUUAUUAAAAUUGUGAGUUGUUUGUCUUUUAAGAAUUCUGCGUGGUGGAAGAAUGGUAUACCCAUUUACCUUCCCUGUACGUGUUUUCUGGUUAAUGUUCUCAUGUGUUAAAUAAAUACUGUGUUAUGGUGAAUAACCUGGUUUCUUCAUUCAUUCUUCCCCUUGAAAAAUAUAUGACCGCGAAGAGAACUUAGUUUCACCUUUUAUAGUAGCAGAAUUUAACGGCCUGGCAGUUUAAUGUGAUGAAAAUACUUCAGAGUAAUAGGGGUCGACACCUAAAAGAAUAUAGCAAUCAGAUGCUCAAGCACAAACUUAACAGCGCGCGCACACGUCAUUUAAAUACGUGCGGCGACGUCAGUUUUUGGGCCUCUCGGUUUUCCGUACAGCUGAGACUUAAGGGACGGUUAACGUUAAGAUUGAGGCAGCAGUACACAUUUGUCAGUUUAGUGACUGGUUCUAUUAGAUCAAACCUAUUUUAUUGCUUAGUAAAAUAGCAAAAUUAAUAAAAGUGAAUUUAAUGGCGAAAACCGCCCUUACUGGGUUUCAUGGCAAUACGCAACAUAUCAUUACUUUUCUUUCCCUUCGGUAACUAAAGUCCUAAAAAAGCCUCUAUCCCUUGAAUUGCGGAUUUCAAGCUUUUUGAGUAGUCUUUUGUUUUUCCUCUUCGGCCAUUUGUUCUGUUUGUAUAUGUCUGGUUUAGCUGGACUGACAAGAUUAUAAGAGUGGCCCAUCAUGGUUUUGAUUGGACAAGCAAAUCUCUUUUCUCCGAAUAUAGAGAGAGGCUGGGCUUUCACAUAUUUCAGUGACACGUCCGGCUUGGUAUGUGGGAAAGUGACAAUCGGAACGACCCAGACUACAUUCCGGCUUAUUUACAGCUACGUGUCAGUUACGUGAGGAACACACAACAGCGUGAGCGACGCGCCUAUUUCGUCUCAGCGCAGAUACUGUCGAACCGGACAAACCGAGAACGCGGCCAACGCGGAAGCACUGACGUAACGGAGGUCGCGUAGUGCGUGCGCGCGCUCCCAUGCUCGUGUCCAGGAAAAGUGUCCGUAAAACCGCCUGAAGUGUCACACUUGUCGCGGUGAAACUGGCGGUGCGGUACCAAACGCCGCGAACCUCAUUUCGGCGAACAUUUUCUGCAGUGCUGUCCGGUUCGGUUUAGAAUGGACUUGUCGAGGGCUAUUUUACACAGGGCAGGCGCGAGGAAAGAAGAAGUAGUACUGUGUUGACAGCGGAGCCACGAGGAGCUGUCCAAGAAGAAUACACAAAUUUAUUUAACAGGCGCCGGAACUGUUUUUUAGAAAGAAAGUUACCUGAGAGAAGUCUUCCUUGGACCUCGACGGAUUACUGGCGCGCGCUGGGUGCUGCGCUGUGCCCGCACGAGGACGGGAAUGCAACCAAUAGUAACGCACACACACAGGUGUCCAGCACGUGACGAGUCCGCGCGUCAUUGAGACACGCGCGUGAGCUGUGUUUUCGCGGCGAGAAGCGGGACUCGGCGGGACUGCGGCCGGGAGCGCGUACCCAGAACGCUCUGCGAUGGCAUCCGUGUGAGGUGGAGCGGUGGCGCGCAGGCAGGAUGCGCCUCGACGUGGAGUACAGUCCGCUGGGCGACGCGCCCGCACCGGCGUCCGCGCUCUCCGACUUCUGGCUCUACGUGUGGAUGCGCAGGGUGGCCGUAGUAGCGGCGCACGUUGUGGCGCUUGGCUUCACCGUCCUCGUGACCCUACUGUCCCGCCCGGGAACGAGCCUCUUUUCCUGGCAUCCCGUGUGCAUGUCUGUUGCGUUCUGUCUUUGCAUGACGGAGGGGAUCCUGGUCUUCUCCACAGAGGCCUCGCCCUUCUGCUUCAAGUCUCGUAAGGCAAAGGUGCGCCUGCACUGGUUCCUGCAGGCCGUCAUGCUGUUGGGAGGGGCCACGGGCCUCGGCUUCAUGGUAGCCAGCAAGAAUGUGUCUGAGCACAGCCACCUGGCCACCUGGCACAGCGUGCUGGGUGUAGCGACGCUGGGUGCCGUGGCGCUGCAGGCAGCCUGUGGGCUGGCGCUGCUCCUGCCCGUGCGGCUGCGCCGUGGCCCCACUCUGUCACGUCUCCGCCUGUACCACGCCACCUGUGGCCUCGUGGCCUACCUGCUGGCCACAGCCACGGUGAUGCUGGCUGUUUGCAGUGACUGGUUCCAGGCCAGCGUGCGCGGCCUGCUGUGGUAUGCUUUCCUGCUGCUCCCGCUCUUCCCAGCCCUGGUCGUGAUGAAGCAGAUCACUGGAGCAUUUCUGCCCAAGAAGAAGAUCACUUCCUGAGCCGCUUUUCACUGGCACUGGUGUUCUGUACACCUGGCUUCUUUCCGUGGUGGGCUUUGAUUUUUAAAAAACUUGUUUCCUGAAGAACCACUUGAAUAACAGGUUCAUGAUGAACCCUAAAUUACAUCGGUAUAGAGAACAAGCAAUGGAGCAAGUGAUGGACGUUUCAAAGGAACUUUGGUGGUAGACUGAUUAGAUGUUGGGAUGCUUGGGAUUCCAAAUGGAUCCAUUCGCUAAUGUGUGUGUCUCCUGGCGUUGCUUGAGACAGAUUUAGGACAAGCAAUUAAUUUAACUAUCAGUGAUCAAGAUUAGUUCUCAGACAGCAGCUGGUGUCUCUCCUUUAGAUACUAAUUUUAGUGCCAUGGGUGAACCUGUCCACAGGUAAGGGCUCAUCUUUUUAUACCCUUGCACUGCGGCAAAUCUGCACAAUUAUCGAUUGUUUCAAAUAGUCGCUCAGUCUGCUGCAGUGAUAUUUUUCUGUACUGUGUGCUUGAAUGGCAUGUUUCUAAAGGUGGAAAACUGUUCAAAUCACUGUGUAAAAUAACAGGUAAACCCUGGGAGCUGCAUGCGAGAUAGGAAAAUUACCUGUUGAGGUUUUUGGAGAAUGCUACAAAGGGAAUGUUUUCAUAUUUACUUCUUCCUGACGUUUGAAUGUGGUGUCCUUUUUUCCUGUGUUUGGGUCUGCAGUGUCCUGUUAGCUUGAGGAAGUGCUUCCCUAGAGAGAGUUGUUCUGCAAGAAUGCUAUUUUUAAAUGCUUUGUUGGAGAACUCCCGCGCACACCACUUUUUUUUACGUGUGCAACCUAACAGCCUCAGUGCUGCAGACACAUAAUGGUAAAUAAAAUUAAUAUGGUUGGACAAAAGAAAUUUCAUUAUUAUAAAAAUAGAAAUGCAAAUAAAUUAUUCUGUACUUGGA